UCUGGCCCCCGGGCCUUAGUUUGAGGGGUGCAGAUUAGGCGAGGGCUCUUUGUUGCAGGUGAACUAUAAAUCCCAGCAACUGCAUAUCCCAAAUGUCAAGGUCUAUUUUCCCCAAACUCCACCAGUGUUCACAUUGGGGCAUAUUGAGUAUCUGUGCCAAGUGUGGUCCAGAUCCAUCAUUGUGUGAGUCUGCAAUGCUCUCUGGAUGCAGGUGAACUACAACUCCCAAACUCAAGGUCAGUGCUCACCAGACCCUUCCAGUAUUUUUCGUUGGUUGUGGGAGUUCUGUGUGCCAAGUUUGGUCCAAUUCCAUCAUUGGUGGAGUUCAAAAUGCUCUUUAAUUGUAGGUGAACUAUAAAUCCCAGCAACUACAACUCCCAAAUGACAUAAUCAAUUUUCCCUCCAACCCCACCAGUAUUCAAAUUUGGGCAUAUUGGAUAACGUAAGGUAAAAGUUUUCCCCUGACAUUAAGUCCAGUCGUGUCCAACUCUGGGAGUUGGUGCUCAAUUUCUAGGCCAAAGAGCCGGUGUUGUUCAUAGACACCUCCAAAGUCAUGUGUCUGACAUGACAGCAUGGAGUUCUGUUGUUGGGUAUUUGUGCCAAAUUUGGUCCAGUGAAUGAAAAUACAUCCUGCAUUUCAGAUUUUUACAUUAUGAUUCAUAACAGUAACACAAUAAUAAUUAGGAAGUAGCAAUAAUAAUAAUUUUAUGGUUGAGGGUCACCACAACGUGAGGCACUGUAUUAAGGGGUCGCGGCAUUACGAAGGUUGAGAACCACUGCCUUAGCCGGUUGAUCCCUCAGGUGGGACUCAUAAGAGGGAAGCAAGGCCGGUUCACGAGAGGAGGAGGCCGCUACGAGACGCCACUCUCCUUCCAUUCCAAAGUCACUUUGCUGGGAGGCAGAGGGUGGUGAAAGGCGCAUGGCUCCCUCGGCGCAUGAGGGCCAUGAAGGGCCUUCCAAGAGCACCGCGUGGCUCCUGGAGGCAAGCCGUUCCAAGGCCCCCCUCCCUGCCUAAAUAUAACCUUGCUGCCCGGCCCAUUCACCCUGCAGGAGGGACUAUAAUUAACCAAGGACCCGGUCCAAAAAUAAAAAGGCCCGUGCCCUACCCCCUGUCUCUCCCCCUCCUCUCUCUCUUGGCCAGGCACAUUCGCUUAGUGGACGGCACACGGGUCAGUCAUGAAGCUCUGAUGGCAACAAAUCUUGGAUGAGACCAACGUCCGUUGCAGAAAUGGGCCUCUUUUGGAGCCGUCACCCAAGACUGCUGCCCUUCAACCUCCUUGGACAGAAAUCCUGAGUUUGGGAUGGGAACGGCUUAGCCUUGGAGCCUCCCCACCUAGAAGGGGGCCCGAUGGGCGAGUGGCACCUCCUGGGCCGGCUGCUGGAGAGCGCGCAAGAGCACUCAACGGAGGUGGGCAAGGUCUGGCUGACGGUGCUCUUCAUCUUCCGCAUCCUGGUCCUGGGGGCAGCCGCCGAGAAGGUCUGGGGGGACGAGCAGUCCAACUUCUCCUGCGACACCAAGCAACCCGGCUGUCAGAGUGUCUGCUACGACCAGACUUUCCCCAUCUCCCACGUCCGCUUCUGGGUACUGCAGAUCAUCUUCGUCUCCACCCCAAGUCUGGUCUACUUGGGCCACGUCCUGCACCUGGUGCGCAAGGAGGAAAGGGAGCGGGGUCGCUCUGCGGCUGGCAACCCCCUUCGUGACCCCUGUGGCCGGAUUCGCCUACAAGGGGCUGUGCUGCAGACCUACCUCUGCAACGUUGUCUUCAAGGCCUUGCUGGAGGUGGGCUUCAUCCUUGGUCAGUAUUUUCUCUACGGCUUCGGCCUGCAGCCCCUCUACACCUGCAGCCGCUGGCCCUGCCCCAACGCUGUCAACUGCUACAUCUCGCGGCCUACCGAGAAGACCAUCUUCAUCCUCUUCAUGCUGGCCGCGGCCUGUCUCUCACUCCUCCUCAACGUGGUGGAGGUCUGCCAUGUGCUCCGAGCCAAAUGCCGCAGAGCAGGACAGAGGUCCCAAGCUGAGCCAGAGGUCCUGGCAGAGGCAGAAGAAGAAGUCCCGGCCCACCUUCCCGGGGGCAAAGACACCGUUGCCGGCAUCAGAAGCCCAAACUGGGACCAACACCAGAAGCGAGGCAACAAGUACAGCAAGUCCAGUGCAAAAUGGAGACCGAGUGAUUUGGCUGUUUGAGGCAGUGGUUCUCAACCUUCCCAUUGCCAUGACCCCUUAAUACAGUUCAAGAUGUUGUGGUGACCCCCAACCAUAGCAUAAUUUUCAUUACUACUUUCAUAACGGUAAUUUUGCUACUGUUAUGAAUUGUAAUGUAAAUAUCUGAUAUGCAGGAUGGUAUUUUCAUUCACUGGACCAAAUUUGGCACAAAUACCCGAUAAGCCCAAAUUUGAAUACUGGUGGGGUUGGGG